AUUGUGCCUUCUCCUUGCUGUGCUUGGUUUUAUCUCUAAAACAGCAGAUGAAAAGGCUGCAGCUUCACACUCUCCCUCCAUGAGAGGUAGGAAACAGUUUAUAAAGCCCUUGUGGUACACAGUGCUUUGUUGGGCAAGGCUUGGCAGCUCCCUGGGCUUACGUCCCAUCAGCAUGAGAGUAUCUCUUGGACUCAGCUUCCUCCUGGCUUUCCUGGACCCAGGGACCUGCCUCCAGUGUGAGGUAUGUCACAGCAUGGGAAAAAGCUGCUCUGGCCCCAUGAAAACGUGCACUGGUGGUGAAGACACUUGUGGCAUUAUUCUGCAUGAAGUCCUAAUAGGGGGGAUGGCCAUCUCUUCAUCCAUCAAGUCCUGCCUGCCAUCCCAUGUCUGCCACCUUGGUCCUGUCACCGUGAAUUAUGGGAAGGUGAAAGCAAAGAGCCAUUUGGUUUGCUGCACGGGCGAUGACUGUCGGACCACCUCCGUGUCAUUGCCACCAGAUAAUGAUGUGCCCAAUGGAUACCAGUGUCCUGCCUGCUACAGCGUGGACUCCUUUCAGUGCGGUAAUGAAGUUGUAAACUGCACUGGAUCUGAAGACCAAUGUGUUGACCUUGCUGGGUUAAUGAAUGCUGGUGGACUGUCUCUGAAAGCUGCCAUGAAGGGUUGCACCACCAUUUCUGAAUGCAGUAUGGUAGGAGAUGGAAAAAACAGCCUGGGGAUCAUGGACAUAAAGCUGAAACGGUUCCAAUGCAGACCAGCUUCUGCUAUGUACAGUGUGGUGUACAGUGCUGGGGUUGCUGCUCCACACAAGACUUUCCUUCCUGUCCUAUCAGGAUUCAUCCUGGAGAAGGUACUUUUCUGACUCUCACUAGUGCUGGGUUGAGAAAAACCCACAGCAAAUCCCAGCAGUGGUUUGCAACUUAGUUCUUUUUGCUGUAGCUUCUUCUGCAUGGGGAUUUUAUUUUCAGAUUAGCUCUUCUUUUAUAUUUUAACAGAAUAAAGACAACACUUACACUUC